UUUUGACAGCUGAGCGGAGCGGAACAUCAACAAGCUUAUUAGAACGAGAAAACGGUUAAAACGGAGAAACUCGACGAUAAAAACGCCCAACAAUGCGUUUACGUUUGACCACAGCUCUCUUGUAUGUAAAGGUCACCUGAUUAUCAGCCUCAGUAACUUCCUAGGAGUGAAUAUUCGGCUAUCUACUAAAAGCAAGGGCUCAAAUCCAGUGAUGUGCCCAAACCUGGAAUGUACUAGCUGCUAACGUUAGCCAGCCAUCCAGCCAGUGCGGAGUCCCCGUUAGUUAACGGCUGUUAGAUUAUCGUCGAGUCAACGCUAAGAAACGACAGGUCACCAGCAGAGAGAUAUGUAUUUACCCGCGGGAUAGGCAGAUAACGCAUGCCUAGGUGUGUAAACUCAUAUUUAAGCAUGCUAGGAUGUUCAAAAAUGUGUUCGGUUCAGGAUUUCUCGUAAGAACCGCUCAUGUUAUCCUGACAUGGGUUAUAACGCUCAUCCUCUUCCUGCACGACACCGAUCUCCGGAAGCAGGAGGAAACCGGGGAGCUUCUAGUGCCCAUCCUCUUCGUGCUCCUAGUCCUGAUAUCUGUGCUGCUGUACUUUGCAGUGUCACUUAUGGACCCUGGUUUUGUCCUGUCCGAUGACUGUGACCUGCAGUUCACUCUUGGCCUCACUGAAGAGCAACAGGACAUGAUCCCCCACACCAAGACACUCCGACUACGGCGCUGCGGCCAUUGCCUGUUGCAGCAACCAAUGAGAUCCAAACACUGCCAGACUUGUCAGCAUUGUGUGCGUCGAUAUGACCAUCAUUGCCCCUGGAUAGAGAACUGUGUUGGGGAGAGGAACCAUCGCUGGUUUGUCCUUUACCUGGUUGUCCAGUUCAUAGUCCUUCUAUGGGGGCUCCACAUGUCCUGGUCAGGCUUCAGUCAUGCUCUUACAUGGCAGCUGUGGCUGAAAGCUAAUGGAGUGCUGCUGGCUACAGCUGCCGUGGUGGCGGUUCUCUGUCUCACAGUGCUGCUCCUUCUGGGCUCCCACCUCUACCUGGUGUCCCUCAACACCACCACGUGGGAGUUCAUGUCCCGCCACCGCAUCUCCUACCUCAAACACUGCGGCGCAGACGAGAACCCCUUUGACCGCGGAGCGUUACGCAACCUCUGGGGCUUUUUCUGCGUUUGGGGGACAGUGGUGUGGGAGCAGGUGUACUUCAGGCAAGACUCUGAUCCAAUUUAAAUGAGUGUCCCCCAGUCAGAUUUUAGAGUGGUAAGUCAACCAAGUAAGUGAAAGUGUUACACCUUUGGUGGAAUUCCAGUUUGACUGCAGUGACAUUCCUUUUACUGAGCCAUUCUUUCUUAAGUGAUUCUUACAUGCAUGGACAUUGUUGUUAGAGUUCUGUAUGAUCGGUUUUACAAAGUCUGAUUUCCUGAAGUUUGAAAAAACAAUUUUGUACAUGUUUUCUGUGAAUAGAUGUGUAGAAAACCCUCAUAUCAAAUUGCAGUGCUUAUUUUGCACAUUUGAAAUGUUAUGGGUAACAAAAGUUCAGGAUUAUGAUCAUUUUAACAAGUAGAUAAAUUCAGGAACAGUUCUGAAAGUACAAGCUGGACUGUUUUUUUUCCUCUCUACAUCUGUCAGAUGUAACUUAAAUAUUUGUCUGUUUUCUUCAGAUACAGAAAGCCUGCACUUGGAUUAAGCUACAAGUUCAGUGGGGAUUAAAUAUUGGGAGUAAUAUUACUACUACAGUUCUAUAAGCUCACUUUCUUUAGUAAUUGGAAAUCCUAACGCAUUUACUUUCCAUAGAUGGCAUAUUGGGGAGGAUCUCUGAACCAACUUGAGCAUAAGUGUGUGGCGGGGCAGGGUUAGUACAAGAGGGAGGCAAAACAUGCUAUUCUUGUUUAUUGUUUUCCCCCCCGACUGCCUGGGUCAUGUUGACAAAUUGAGAAAAAAAAAGUCUUUCAAGGAUAAUUAAUUGUUUAAUAUGACAGUCACAUGAAGUAACCAAAAAGAUUAGGUGGGAUUUCAGGUUGACUUGAACUCUCAAAGAGGCUUCUGUAAAAUACAGAUGGUUAAGAGCACUAAAUCACUUAAAUGACAGGGUCCAAAGGAAACAGAAAUUUGCUAACGUGUAGUAGUGGCUUUUUACAGCAUCAGGAUAUUUCUUUGUACUUUUUUACACACCAGUUCCUCCAAGCAGGGUAGUCAUCAGUGUGCUACUUAAAGGUUUUAUACUUUCUCUUUUGAUUGGAUAUUUUAUACAUCGUUUUACUUCCAUUGCCCUUUGUCAAGUGAUUUCCACAAAAUAUAAUCAAAUGUCAUAAUCAUAAUUAAAGUAUUAAUGAUUCAAUAACCUAAACAUUGGAGAAAAAAAUAAACAAACCUAAGUACCUAUUUUGUAUAAACGUGGCCUGUUCUUUCCAUACUAUAUCGAUACGCAUUAAAAAAAAAAAAAAAAAAAUCAGAG